UACUGUUCAGUUAAGUUAGGACGUAGAUUAGACAAACUUAAGAAAGAUAUAAAGGAUAAUAAAGACGAACAAUAUAUUAAAUCUUUCCUAGAAUUCCUAAAAUCUUCUGAGAUUAAUGCUGAUAAUUUAGAUAAGAUUGAUGAAUACGAAAUGAUCACAGCAUGUUGCGAAAUUGAAUAUAUUAACGUAUUAAGUAAGGAACAUAAUGAAUUUAUAGCAGUAUCCAAGAAAUGUUGUUACUUAUGUGAAUCAUAUAUCAAAUUUUUACGAUCCAAAAAAUAUAAAAUUACCAUUUCUGAAGUACAUAAGAAUUUGUAUUCCGGAUGGAAACUUCCAAAUACUUACAGUAAAGAAUUUGUGAAAAGUGCUGAUUCUGAUAAUCUAAAGCGAAAUUAUGUUGCUAUGAAGAAGGUGACUAAAGAUGCAAUACAGAUUAAGGCUAAUUCCAAUUUAUGA